AUGGUUAAAGCUUCAAUAUGGCGGGGCCUCAUGGCCGUGGGAAUGAAGAUCCACAGAUUCGCAGAACCCAAACCACCAGCACCCAAUUUCAAGAUCACGAUACCCUCGAGACUGUCGCCGAAAGGAGGAACGUUCAAAUUGGUGUUCUAUGUGCCAGACUCAUACUGGACUGCGCCGGAAGGAUAUCGUUAUCCUGUUGUGGUCAAUUUCCACGGAGGAGGCUUUACGCUGGGGACAGGCACGGAUGAUGCAAGAUGGGCAACAACAGUAUGCACAACGGUUGACGCCAUCUUAGUCUCCGUAGAGUACAGACUUGCGCCAGAAUAUCCAUUCAGUGUCGGGGUGGAGGACGGUUCGGACGCUGUAUUAUAUUUAGCAUCGCAUGCCGACGAACUACAAAUCGACCCCCAUCGAAUGGCAUUGUCCGGUUUCUCUGCGGGAGGGAAUUUCGCAUUCACGGUCCCUCUGAUGCUACACGAUCUAGGAAACGACGCGGGAAAACGAGUUCUUGCAGAAAAUAAUCCAAUCCACAAAAGGAAUAAGAAGAGCAACGACUCUCUUUACCCACCAUCAUCACGACACGGCGGUGAGCCCCUAUCUGCGACCUCUUCUGCGGCAUCCUCAACACCCUCGCUCAACAGUCGUCCGAGUUUUGUGUCAGAGGCAUCAAGUGGAUCAAUUCUAAAGUUGUCAGAUCUAGAGCCUACCGCUUUGGAGAUAAAUCAAGAGAUUCCCGAUUACACGAUACGAGCAAUAGUUUCCUUUUACCCGCCGACAGACUUUCGAACGACGAGAGAAGAGAAGCGAAAGACUAAUCCACAACCUGCGAAGAAUCUCCCACCAAUGCUCACGAACCUGUUUGACGAUUCCUAUCUUUUCCCAACCGCCGACAUCGAUUUUAGUGAUCCCUACCUCUCCCCUGCCGCCGCGUCCGACGACUUCCUUAGAGCUGCAUACCCAGAGGACAUUGUUUUGUAUACUUGCGAAUAUGAUAUGUUAAACGCGGAAGGUGUGGCUUUUGGAGAACGAUUGACGCAUCCCUCGAUGAAUAAAAAGGUCCAUGGGGGACUCGUGAAGGAAUCAGUCCAUGCUUUCGACAAAAAGCCUAAUCCGAUCAAGUUUCCUGAGUCUGCGGAUAGGAUAUACAGUGAAGCAUGUGCGGAAUUGACACGGAUAUUUGGAGGAAGAAGCAGUUUCGAGGACAGGAGACAGCUAGACAAGGUGAAAUCGGUUGAUCGGUUUGAAGAGCGUGAUGAACCUUACAAGAAGGGAGAUGAUGAGGAGGCAUUAAUUGAUGGAAUUCAAACUCUAAAAGGAGCCGGAUCAAGUAGCCACUCAUAA